UUAAAGCAAAACUCCAUCUUCUUCUUGCUUCUUCUGUCUAUCGUCUUCCUCGUCCUCUUCAGCUCUAAUCAUCUCUCUCUCUCUCUCGGAGACUUUAACGUCACGGACACGCAAUGGUGAGAAAAUGCAGAAAAGCUAAAGGGACGGUGGGAGCUUCGUCUACGUAUAUGCAGCUUCGCAGCCGGAGAAUCGUUUACAGAUCGGAAAAAGCUAGAACGUCGUCGUCUUGUUGCGCGAGUAACAACAAUGGAGUUAUAGAUCUGGAGGAGGAAAGAGACGGUGAGACUGAAACGUCGUCGUGUCGACGUAAGGGGAAGCUAUUUGAAAACCUUAGAGAGAAAAAGUCGAGCAAAUCUAUGGAGAAUUCACAGCAAAUCGUAGCUAGUUUUGAUUCCGCCGGGAAAGAAUCAUCGGAUUGUUGUUGCAGCCGGAGAGCAUCUUUGUCAACGACGGAGGAUAAGGGGAAACCAACGGCGGAGCAACCACCAACGGCAGUGGAGAUUGAAGAGUUUUUCGUGGAAGCUGAGAAACAGCUCCAUGAUAAAUUCAAGAAGAAGUAUAACUUUGAUUUCGAAAAGGAGAAGCCAUUAGAAGGAUGCUACGAGUGGGUUAAAUUAUCAGAGUAAUGAAGAAAAAUGAUGAUGGUGAUGAAUGAAGCAUACGUUUAUUUAACUUUUAGUAUCUAAUUUUCAGAGAAUAAUUCCAAUUUAUUUAUUUCUAGAAUAGAAGCUUUUGUGAGGAAAGAUUUGUAGCAGAAUGUUUGAAAGUACGAAUCUGCACAGAAAUAAAGGCUUUUUGGGGUUUCAGAACAGAUAUUGUUUUCUGCAAAAGUGAAAAAAGAUAAACCCAGAAAAGCUGUGUCUUUUUGCUUAA